CGAGAAGAGAGAGAGCGAGAGAGCGAGAAGAGAGAGAGCGAGAGAGCGAGAAGAGAGAGAGCGAGAGAGCGAGAAGAGAGAGAGCGAGAGAGCGAGAAGAAAGCGAGAAGAGAGAGAGCGAGAGAGGGAGAAGAGAGAGAGCGAGGAGAGAGAGAGAGCGAGAGAGCGAGAAGAGAGAGAGAGCGAGAGAGCGAGAAGAGAGAGAGAGCGAGAGAGCGAGAAGAGAGAGAGCGAGAGAGCGAGAAGAGAGAGAGCGAGAGAGCGAGAAGAGAGAGAGCGAGAGAGCGAGAAGAGAGAGAGCGAGAGAGCGAGAAGAGAGAGAGCGAGAGAGCGAGAAGAGAGAAAGUGAGAGAGCGAGAAGAGAGAGAGCGAGAGAGUGAGAAGAGAGAGAGCAAAAGAGCGAGAAGAGAGAGAGCGAGAGAGCGAGAAGAGAGAGAGCGAGAGAGCGAGAAGAGAGAGAGCGAGAGAGCGAGAAGAGAGAGAGCGAGAGAGCGAGAAGAGAGAGAGCGAGAGAGCGAGAAGAGAGCGAGAAGAGAGAGAGCGAGAGAGCGAGAAGAGAGAGAGCGAGAGAGCGAGAAGAGAGAGAGCGAGAGAGCGAGAAGAGAGAGAGCGAGAGAGCGAGAAGAGAGAGAGCGAGAGAGCGAGAAGAGAGAGAGCGAGAGAGCGAGAAGAGAGCGAGAGAGCGAGAAGAGAGCGAGAAGAGAGCGGGAGAGCGAGAAGAGAGCGGGAGAGCGAGAAGAGAGUGGGAGAGCGAGAAGAGAGCGGGAGAGCGAGUAG